GGUCUGGAGCUCCAGGAACUCUGAUACACCUCAAUCACAUCAGGGAGCCUUUGGCCCUUAAUCUAGGGUUAGGGUUUCAAACCCCCUUUCUCUGAUUCUAUGCUCGAGCUAAAAUUGAUCUAUGGAAUUGCAGUUCAUGUCGGAUUAUCCACAUUCUCAUAUGGAUCGGAGACCAAAUAAGCGGCCCAGAUUAGCUUGGGACCCAUCUCAUACCCCGAAGGCCCAAUCAGGAAUAUAUUAUGGGCAAGAGGUUGGCAAUGUGUCAAGCUUUGGGCAUUCAAGGGUACCCCAAGACCAUGGUAAUCUAUAUGUAAAGGAAGUGGCUCAAAGAGGAUCUCCCCCGUGGCGAGAUGAUGAUAAAGAUGGACAUUACAUGUUUGAGCUUGGAGAGAAUUUAACUACUCGCUGUAAUUACAGUUUAUUUUCUUGUUCAAAUUUAGGCAUCUGUACAUCUAUGUGAUGAUUCUGUUUCUGCAUGCUUCUCGAUACAUUUUUCUUCAGUCAACUUUCUAAGUAUUUUUGAAGAGAGGAAAAUGAAGAGGGAAGAAAGAACUAACUAAAAGACGAUUAAGCUCCCCCCCCCCCCCC